UUCGUGGUAGCUGUUUAUCAUGGGUCUCACCAAUUUGACCAGUGCAUGUUGUUGGGGUCUAUAUCGGCUCCUCGGGGCCAACUUGACAUCCUUUGACGGAUCCGCAGCCUACAAUGCCUCCCUUGCGUCUUACUUUUCGCAGCAGGAGUCCCAGCUCUAUCCCAGUUGCAUUGUAGCUCCCACCACCGUCGAGCAGGUGUCCACUGCAGUCCGCUAUCUCACCACCAAUUCCACCUGCGACUUCGCAGUCCGCUCGGGCGGCCACCAGGUGUUCGCCGGCGCAGCUAACAUCGCAAACGGGGUGACCAUUGACCUGCGGGGCCUCGACCAAAUUGAGGUCAGCGAUGACUACUCGACUGCGACCGUCGGGGUGGGCGCUACCUGGGGCGAUGUCUACGCAGCGCUCGACCCAUUGAACCUCACGGCCGCGGGGGGUCGCGUCAGCGGGGUCGGGGUGGGCGGAUUGACCAUCGGAGGGGGCAUCUCCUACCAUUCCCCGCGGUACGGCUGGACCUGCGACACUGUCGUCGACUUUGAAGUCGUACUGGCCAAUGGCACCAUCGUCCAUGCCAACGAACGCGAGAACCCCGAGCUGCAGACCGCUCUGCGCGGGGGAUCCAACAACUUCGGCGUCGUGACCCGCAUUCAGCUGGCGACGAUCGAGCAAGACCAGAUCUGGGCAGGCCUGGCCUACUACUCCUUCGACACCAUCGACGCGCAGCUGCAAGCGGCCGCCGACUUCAGCCAGCCGGACGGCUACGACGAAUAUGCCUCGUUAGUCCUGAGCUUUGGAUUCUUGAGCACGCGAGAGGCGGCGCUCGUCAACAGCCUCGUCUACACCAAGCCAGAGCCAAACCCCCCGGCGUUUCAGGCUUUCACAGCCAUCCCGUCGGUGAGCAGCACGCUGCGGUUGACGAACAUGUCUGCUAUGUCAAUCGAGCAAGGCUCGUUUCAGCCCAAUGGUGAUCGUCAGCUGUGGCUGGUCACGGCGUUUGAAUCUAGUGUAUCUAUGCUGAACGCUACGUACCGUCACUGGAAUCGCACUUUGGCCGAUGUAAGUGAUGUCGCGGGCAUAGGAUGGUCGCUCUCGCUGGAGCCCCUGCCGCCGGCCAUCUACUCCCGACACAGCGAUACCAACUCGCUGGGCCUAUCAGACACAUCGGGCUCCUUGAUGAUUGUGCUGUUGUCCGCCAGUUGGACACAUGAAGCGGACGAUGCGACCGUGACCGAAGCCGGCCGGAGCCUGAUCUCAGGGGUGGAAGACGACGCCCACGCGCAGAACGCGUAUCACCCGUUCAAGUACUUGAACUACGCGGCUCCAUGGCAGAGUCCGAUUGCGAGUUAUGGCGAUGCGAGUGUUGAGCGAUUGCGUCGCGUGUCGCAAGCAGUGGAUCCGGAGAGGGUUUUUCAGCAGCAGGUUCCGGGUGGGUUUAAGCUUCCUUGAAUGAUGGUUGCUGCGCGUGGUGUUGGCGAUACAAGUUUAUCUCGAAAGUCAAUGCUGAGAUGCGGUUCCAAGUUUUGAGAGUUGCUAUCCGGUAUUUGCUCUCAGGAUCCGGUCAUUCUUGGCUAUGUAUACUUGGCCGAUAACCUUAAAGUAGUUGUAUAAAAC